UAUCAUAGACACUAUGGGUUAUGCAUUCACUUAUCCAUUAGUUUACCACUUGACCAAAGUCAAGAUAGCAACAUAUACCCAUUACCCUACUAUCAGCUCUGAUAUGCUAAAUCGUUUAUAUGAAAAAAGAUUCGCAUACAAGAAUAAUAAGGCAGUUGCAAGUAGUAUUAUUUGGAGUACAGGGAAGGCUAUCUAAUUUUCAGUUGCUAUUGAUGUAUGAACAACAUCACAAAAUAUAGCUAUUAUCGGAUUUUCGCCAAGAUUUAUGGAUUUUGUGGUUCAUAUGCCAAUAUAGUCACUGUCAACUCUACCUGGACAAAAAAUCACAUUGAUCAACUAUGGCAUACCAAUGCAGAAAUUGUAUAUCCUCCCUGCGAUACAGAACGGCUCAACGCGUUAUCUAUCGAGCAUCGUAACCAUCAAAACCCAUUCAUUGUUAGUGUAGCACAAUUUAGACCUGAAAAAGACCAUUCUUUACAAAUCCAAGCAAUGGCGGCCCUCUUUAAACGCUUUCCCCAGUGGAGAAAAUCAGCUACAAUCGUGCUGAUUGGCAGUUCACGAAAUGAGGGUGAUGCUAAUCGAAUCGAUGCAUUGAAAAGAGAAGCGAAAGACUUGGGGAUUGAGGACGCUGUACGAUUUGAGAUCAAUGCUCCUUAUGAUUUGCUCGUUUCAUACUUGGGCAAAGCCAAGGUUGGGCUUCAUACUAUGUGGAAUGAACAUUUUGGCAUUGGUGUAGUGGAGUAUAUGGCAGCUGGAAUCAUCCCUGUGGCACACAAAUCUGGAGGACCCAAAUUGGAUAUUGUGACAGAAUAUGAUGAAAAACCUACAGGCUAUUUGGCAGACUCGGCAGAUACAUUUGCUGAAUGUUUGAAUGAUGCCUUAUCAUUGAACGAAAAGGAUUAUGAAGAAAUGGCAAGCAACGCUCGUGCGUCUGCAUCCGAUAGGUUUUCUGAAGAAUCUUUUAGUUCAGAUUUAUUACGCUGCCUUCGACCUAUCUUAACCUAAAGCAGAUAGAACCAUAUUAGAGUUGUCUUCAUCUUAGAUACAGAAAUAAACAACUAGGAGACUUUAUGUGAAUAAAACUACACACUUAUUAAACAA